AUGGUGCUAAGAUUCGCUACCAUCUCAGCUGCGGCUGUGACUUUGUUGUCAUUCCCUGGGCAAGUCCUUGCAGAGCCCCUGCCGACUCCUCAUCUAUCUUUCAGCGGACCCUUCGAGGUGGAGAGAAGCGGCGUGCAGAAUAUCAAUGUAGUCUACAACAGAAAUAUCAACGGUGAACUCGACAUUGCCUAUGGCGACUGCGAUAUACAGACUCGACAGCACGUCGCACAUCACAUCGGAAGUACACACGUUGGCGAGCACCCACUGGCAAAGCGCCACGCAGAGUGGAAAGACAGCCAACCUACCAAAUUUGUGUGGAGAGUUCCCGAGGAGAUUGAAAAGGGCUGUCUGCAUGCGUUCGUGGGUGAUGAGAUUGUGGGGCGGUCAAGGGAGUAUACGGUCAAGACUAGGAGGGUGAAGAAGAGGGCUACGUUUGCGGAAAUAUCUGAUCCAAUGGGACCCUGGUUUGAUGGGGUCGAGUAUCUGAAACAAAAGAAUGCGAAUGAGACCUUCGUUGCUGCGACCAAGGAGAAGAAAUUUGCGAUUCUGGGUGGUGGAAUUUCCGGGCUGACGACAGCACUUAUCCUGGAGUCGGUGGGUAUCCAUAAUUGGAAAAUUCUUGAGUCGUCAGACCGAUUGGGUGGCCGCAUGUACACAGCCUACCUCAACAACACGAAGCCAGAAGACUACCAAUAUCACGAAAUGGGCCCUAUGCGGUUCCCUUACACUAUGACUGAUCCGGAGACCAACGAGACAUUGGCAAUCGAAGACCAAAAGAUGAUCUUCCAGCUUGCCGACAUCCUCAACGAAAUAAACAAAGACAACGAUCCUGCCCUUCAAGUAAAAUUUGUUCCCUGGAUCCAAACCAGCACAAAUGCCCCGGUAGCAACUACCAAGCGCCGCCCCGACGGUACUGUGCCAGGGCGCUUGGAAACCCAACUCAACCCCUCCUUGCUCGACAAUCCAAACGCCACAUACUCCAAUGCAACGGCCGUCUACGAAGCCAUGGCGGCUCUCGACGACUUCAAAGCCCUAACUCCAGAACGAGUGCGCUUCUAUGCCAGAGACAUUUUCCGCGCACACAAGCAAGCGGUAGAACAAGGCAUGUUGGACUUUAGUGAAGUAGAAUACCUCCGGUACGCCAUGGGUUACGACGCCAACAUCACAGAUCAAGUGACCACAACGGCGGUCUCGUGGCCCAUGUGGGAGUUUGAAACCGUCUACUUCAUGGCCGAUAAAUGGCUCACCAUUGAUAAAGGCAUGAGUCGAUUGCCCGAGGCCUUCCACCCCUUGGUCGACAGCCGCACCUCGUUCCUAACCAAAGUGCACGGCGUCAAGCACAACGCCGACACCAACACAGUCACUGUAUUCUCUCGACGCACCGGAAGUUCCCCCUGGGAUAAAAACACGACUACAACCGAAGAAUUCGACUACAUCUUCAACUCGGUACCCUUCCCCCUCUUACGCUUCUGGACCCUCCCCCCACACUCCUCCCUCAUGACCCGCGCAAUCCAACGUACAGUGUUUGAUGGCGCCGUAAAAGUAGCCAUGCAAUACUCGACCCGCUUCUGGGAACACCUCCCGGAACCCAUCCUUGGCGGCUGCGGCCGCACCUCAACCUACGGCAUUGGGCAAAUCUGCUAUCCCUCGCACCACAUCAACGCCACUGGGCCCGGCACCAUGUUGACGAGCUACAUUUCGUCGAGCGAUGCGGUAGCGGCGUGCGCGAUGCCCGUCGAAGAACACAUUGCGUACAUUCAGCGGGCAAUGGUGGAGAUUCACGGGCCAGUGGCGGAUGAGGCGUGGACGGGGAAUUAUGAGAGGCAUUGUUGGGAGCAGGAUGAGCAUCAUGCGGGCAGUUGGGCGGUGCCGAUUGUGCCGCAGCAGCAGCUGUAUUUGCCGGCAUUUUGGCAGACGGAGUUUAACACUGUGUUUAUUGGGGAGCAUACGAGUUUUACGCACAGUUGGGUGUUUAGUGCGUUGGAGAGUGCGGUGAGGGGAAGUGUGCAGAUGUUGCUGGAUAUUGGACUCGUGGAUGAGGCAAAGGAGGUUAAUAGGAGGUGGAUGGCAAGGUGGAUUAAUUUGUGA